GUCUGAAAAAAGAUUAUGAAGCCGUUUAGAUAAAUACUGAACACUUGCACUUAAUAAUGUGACUUGUGCAUAGACCAGAAAUAGAUUGAACGGUCGAGGUUCAUUCAUUUGCGUGCAUGCUUCGUCUUUGAGAUAGGUUUUCGGCUAAACUUUGGGUGUUAGCAUUUGCUAGCUAACGUUUUACUGUCUUGUAUCAAACGCAUCUUUUUCUCAAGAACAGCGGCAACAACUAUUGCGAAGAUGGGGUAUUUAAAACUUAUAGAGAUCGAAAACUUCAAGUCUUAUAAAGGAAGACAGAUCAUUGGACCUUUCCACAAGUUUACUGCAAUCAUCGGACCCAAUGGAUCUGGAAAGUCCAACCUUAUGGACGCCAUCAGCUUCGUGUUGGCAGAGAAAACUAGCAACCUGCGUGUGAAGACCCUGAAGGAUCUGAUCCAUGGAGCACCUGUAGGGAAGCCAGCUGCCAACAGAGCCUUUGUCAGCAUGGUGUACCAAGAAGACAAUGGAGAGGAGCGCAACUUCACAAGGGUCAUCAUCGGUUCCUCCUCUGAGUACCGCAUCAAUAGCAAAGUGGUGAGCCUGCCUGAAUACAGCGAAGAACUGGAAAAACUCGGUAUUCUGAUUAAGGCGAGGAACUUCCUGGUCUUCCAGGGAGCUGUAGAGUCUAUUGCCAUGAAAAACCCCAAAGAGCGUACUGCUCUGUUUGAGGAAAUCUCCCGCUCUGGAGAGCUGGCCCAGGAGUACGACCGCAGGAAGAAGGAGAUGGUGAAAGCUGAGGAGGACACACAAUUUAAUUAUCAUCGGAAGAAAAACAUUGCUGCUGAGCGCAAAGAAGCUAAGCAAGAAAAAGAGGAGGCUGAACGUUACCAGCGUUUGAAAGAUGAAGUGGCCAGGGCUAGUGUUCAGUUGCAGCUCUUCAAGCUCUACCACAACGAGACUGAGAUUGAGAAGCUGAACAAAGAGCUGGGCCAGCGCAACAAGGAGAUUGACAAGGACCGUAAGAAGAUGGACCACGUGGAGGAGGAGCUGAAGGAUAAGAAGAAGGAGCUGGGCAGGCUGAUGAGGGAGCAGCAGACCAUUGAGAAAGAAAUCAAAGAGAAAGACUCUGAGUUGAACCAAAAGAGGCCGCAGUACAUCAAGGCCAAAGAGAACACCUCACACAAGAUCAAGAAGCUUGAGGCAGCGCGCAAAUCAUUGCAAAAUGCCCAGAAGAUGUACAAGAAACGCAAGGGGGACAUGGACGAGCUGGAUAAAGAGAUGAAGGCGGUGGAGCUGGCAAAGCAAGAGUUUGAGGAGCGUAUGGAGGAAGAGGCGCAGAGCCAGGGACAGGACCUCACUCUGGAGGAAAACCAGGUCAAACAAUACCAUCGUCUGAAGGAGGAGGCCAGUAAACGUGCUGCUACUUUAGCACAGGAGCUGGAGAAGUUCAACCGCGACCAGAAGGCUGACCAGGACCGUCUUGACUUGGAGGAGAGGAAGAAAGUGGAGACAGAAGCCAAAAUCAAACAGAAGAUCCGUGAAAUAGAAGAAAACCAGAAACGCAUUGAGAAAUUAGAGGAUUACAUUACGACCAGCAGGCAGUCGCUUGAUGAGCAGAAACGCAUGGAGGAGGAGCUCACGGAGGAGGUGGAGUCGGCCAAGAGGAGAAUAGAUGAGAUUAACACAGAGCUUAACCAGGUGAUGGAGCAGCUUGGAGACGCCAGAAUCGACAGGCAGGAGAACAGCCGCCAGCAGCGCAAGGCAGAGAUCAUGGAGAGUAUCAAAAGACUCUACCCCGGCUCUGUGUAUGGCCGCCUGAUCGACCUAUGCCAGCCCACGCAGAAGAAGUAUCAGAUUGCUGUGACCAAAGUGUUGGGCAAAAACAUGGACGCCAUCAUCGUUGACUCUGAGAAGACUGGAAGAGAUUGUAUUCAAUACAUCAAGGAGCAGAGAGGAGAGCCUGAGACCUUCCUUCCUCUCGACUACCUUGAGGUGAAACCAACAGAUGAGAAACUGAGAGAGCUGAGAGGAGCCAAACUGGUGAUUGAUGUGAUCCGCUAUGAGCCUCCUCACAUCAAGAAAGCUCUCCAGUACGCUUGUGGCAACGCUCUGGUCUGUGACAAUGUCGAGGAUGCCCGAAGGAUUGCUUUCGGGGGACCUUACAGACACAAGACGGUGGCCCUGGACGGCACGCUGUUCCAGAAAUCUGGAGUCAUCUCUGGAGGAGCCAGCGACCUGAAGGCCAAGGCACGGCGCUGGGAUGAGAAGGCAGUGGACAAGCUGAAAGAGAAGAAAGAAAAACUCACAGAAGAGCUCAAGGAGCAAAUGAAGGCCAAGAGGAAGGAAGCAGAGCUGCGUCAAGUGCAGUCUCAGGCUCAUGGUCUGCAGAUGAGACUCAAGUACUCCCAGAGUGAUCUGGAACAGACAAAAACCCGCCACCUCUCGCUCAACAUGCAGGAGAAAUCUAAGCUAGAGAGUGAACUGGCAAACUUCGGCCCUCGCAUCAACGACAUCAAGAGAAUCGUCACGUCUCGCGAAAGUGAGAUCACUGACCUGCGAGAUCGCAUGAACCUGGUGGAGGAUGAGGUCUUCAUUGAGUUCUGUAAGGAGAUUGGAGUGCGGAACAUCCGAGAGUUCGAGGAGGAGAAGGUGAAGAGGCAGAACGAGAUCGCAAAGAAGCGCCUGGAGUUUGAGACCCAGAAGACCCGUCUGGGUAUCCAGGUAGACUAUGAGAAGAAUCAGUUGAAGGAAGAUCAAGAGAAAGUCAUGAUGUGGGAGCAGACCGUCAAGAAGGACGAGGCUGAAAUAGAGCGACUCAAGAAGGAGGAGCACAGACACAUGAAGAUCAUUGAUGAGACAAUGGCCCAACUGCAGGACCUAAAGAACCAGCAUCUCACCAAGAAAUCUGAAGUCAAUGAUAAGAACCAUGACAUGGAGGAGAUCCGCAAGAAACUGGGUGGUGCCAACAAGGAGUUGACUCAGCUCCAGAAGGAGGUGACGGCUAUUGAGACAAAACUGGAGCAGAAGCGAAGCGACCGUCACAACUUGCUGCAAGCCUGCAAAAUGCAGGACAUCAGGUUGCCUCUACGUUCUGGAACUAUGGAUGAUAUCAGCCAGGGGGAGGGCAGCUCUCAGACAGAGGAGUCGAGCAGCCAGAGGACGUCCAGCACUGUUCUAGCUAAAGAAGCUCUCAUAGAGAUCGACUACAGCAACUUGACUGAAGACCUCAAGGAUGCGCUGUCUGAAGAGGAGAUUAAGGCCGAGACGAACACUCUGCAGCAGCGCCUGAACGAGCAGCAGAGUAUCCUACAAAGGAUCAGUGCACCCAACAUGAAAGCCAUGGAGAAGCUGGAGAGUGUCAGGGACAAGUUCCAGGAGACAAGCGAUGAGUUUGAGGCUGCUCGCAAGAGAGCAAAGAAGGCCAAGCAAGCCUUUGAGCAGAUCAAGAAGGAGCGUUUUGAUCGUUUCAAUAACUGUUUUGAGUCUGUUGCAACAAACAUUGAUGAAAUCUACAAGGCUCUCUCACGCAACAGCAGUGCUCAGGCUUUCCUUGGCCCUGAGAACCCAGAAGAGCCGUAUCUGGAUGGCAUCAACUAUAACUGCGUGGCUCCAGGGAAGAGAUUCAGACCAAUGGACAACUUGUCUGGAGGAGAGAAGACUGUUGCUGCCCUCGCUCUGCUCUUUGCCAUUCACAGCUACAAACCCGCCCCCUUCUUUGUUCUGGAUGAGAUUGACGCCGCUCUGGACAACACUAACAUCGGCAAGGUUGCCAAUUACAUCAAAGAUCAGUCAGUGCAGAACUUCCAGGCAAUCGUCAUCUCCCUGAAGGAGGAAUUCUACACCAAGGCAGACUCACUGAUCGGUGUUUAUCCUGAGCAAGGAGAUUGUGUCAUCAGCAAAGUGUUGACUUUCGACCUCUCUCAGUAUCCUGAUGCCAACCCAAAUCCCAAUGAAUAGGACGAGCACUCCCAGCACUGACAAUUUCACAAGUUGGAAGUUCUCUGUAGUCACAGAUCAUGUAUCAAUUAGGUCCCAUCUUUUAUUUCUUACUGUUUUAUGUUCAUGUACUUUUUUUAUAUAGUAGUGUAGUUAGAUAGGGAGUUAUUUUUGUUUUCCAGUCGUGAGGUGUCCUGCUUUAUAGACAGCAACUACCAGGAUAUAUGUACAUUUAUGUAAGCCAGCCUUUUCUUAAUCUGACCAUACAAAGUGAUUACAACAACCAAGUGACAAUGUGAGGAAAUCCAUCCUUUUUAACAGACUGUAGUAUUUUUAUCAUGCGUCAAAUUGACCUGAAACCAGUUUUUAUACUGUUCGUGGCCCUCUUCUCAGUGAUGUGCUUUAAGCCUUUGCCUGUCCUCUUUUUGUGUGUACUAAACAUGUAUUUGCAUUUUCUUGUGCUCCUUUUUUUUAAAAGCUAAAUCAAGAAACUAUGGUUACAAUAUGGUGGAGACAUUCCUGUUUGUGAUAGUUAAAUGGAACCCCUAGUCAGGCGACGCUAUGAGAUCAUGGAGCUUUGUCAAAGGAAGUCUGCUGAGGGAAUCCAGCUCUAUGAAUUACAAGUCUCUUCAUAUUCCCCGAGUGAAAUUCUGAAUUCUGGUGAAUGGAAAACUCAAUUUAGACUUGUGUGGUUGGUCGGUUUUAUUGGUUGCUUUGCCUCAAUGAAUAAAAAUUGAAUUAUAUAA